CUGACACCCUAUUUUGCCUGUCCACCACUGUUGUCCCUGCACCAUUUGUGCUUUUGGGAGGCGCGAAAGGGGAGAGCUGCUGGAGAGAUAUGGUUGGCAUUGGAGGAUGGACAGAAGGUGCAUGUGAAGGAGGUGAAGAAGGAUCCGUUGAAGAUGUGGGAGAAGUUGAGGGAGGUCCAUGUUCAGCAGAAGCCUGGUGCGCGUUUCAACGCUUAUGAUGUUCUCCUGGGCUUGAGGAAGGAUGAGGGCGAGUCCCUGGUCUCUCUGAUGGCUAGAGCGGACAAGGCCAUGCAGGAUAUCCACUCCCUUCGCCCUAAGGACUUCACCAUUGAGCAGCUGGAUGAAGAACUCGCUUCCAUGUCU